CAGAUCAACCCAGCAGAAGUCACAAGUGAGGUGUCAAAGGACGACGGACAGUCCCCAAAGACAGUGGUGCCCAAACCAGAGGAGAACGAUGAGCUAGGGCCUCUGCCAGACAACUGGGAGAUGGCGUACACUGAGAAAGGAGAGGUCUACUUUAUAGACCACAACACCAAGACGACAUCGUGGCUGGACCCGAGGCUAGCCAAGAAGGCAAAGCCGCCUGAGGAAUGCAAAGAAGAUGUUAGUCGCAGAUUCAAGGAUGAGGGCUGCAGCAUGGCGACUGCAUCUCUCUAA